GUACAACUUGCAACAUGUCCAACACCGAGCGUACCUACAUCAUGAUCAAGCCCGACGGCGUCCAGCGCGCCCUCGUUGGCAAGAUCAUCCAGCGCUUCGAGGAGCGUGGCUUCAAGCUUAUUGCCCUCAAGCUCACUCAGCCCACUGAGGCCCACCUCGAGAAGCAUUACGCCGAUCUCGCUGGCAAGCCCUUCUUCCCCGGCCUCAUCAAGUACAUGGCCUCCGGCCCCGUUGUCGCCAUGGUUUGGCAAGGUCUCGAUGCCGUCAAGACUGGCCGUGCCAUGCUCGGUGCUACCAACCCUCUCGCUUCCCCCAUCGGCUCCAUCCGUGGCGACUAUGCCCUCGCUGUUGGCCGCAACAUCAUCCACGGUUCCGACUCUGUUGAGAACGCCGAGAAGGAAAUUGCCCUCUGGUUCCCCGAGGGUGUUGUUCAAUACACCAGCGUCGCUGAGCCCUGGAUCUACGAGUAAAUGCUGAAGAUCACGAAAUCAACAUUUGUACAUUAGAUUGUAGACAAGUGCAACACGCAUUCGUUUCAUCAUAUC